GCAAUAUCAAAUUGGUAUCGCUAUAGUAACGUUCAUUACGAAAUUGUAGAAAGGAAGGAGAAUUGAGAAAAUGCAAAUUUCCACAAGUCCAAAGUCGCAAAAUCAUGGGAAGGCACGACAAUUCGUUACCGCAGUCAUUUUGAACUUGGCAACAGUCUCAUUCGGCAUAAGCUGCGGCUGGUCAUCACCCGUGGCGCCGCAAUUACGUUCGAGUCAUUCGCCAGUUGGCAACGCAGCAGCGAGCUACGAUGAAAUCGCCUGGAUCACAAGUCUACCGGCAAUAGGUGGUUUCGUGACAAUACCUUUUUGCGGCAGUCUGAGCGAACGAAUCGGCCGCAAAAACUUCGCCAUCUUAUCCGGCCUGCCGCACAUCGUCUUUUGGCUACUGAAAAUCUUCGCGCAGAACCUGAAUUACCUGUACGCGGCAAGAUUCAUCAACGGAAUGGCAAUAGCGAUGACGGUGUUCAUCGUGCCAGUCUACACGAGCGAAGUGGCCACCGAAGACGUACGCGGCGUUAUCGGUAGUUUAUUGCUCUUCUCCAUCAACAUCGGCAUACUGUUUGCCUACAUAGUCGGCGCGUUUCUCUCCUAUCGACUACUUGGCAUCCUCAGUCUUAUCUUCCCGGUGGUCUUCGUUGUCGCCAUGACUUUUAUACCCGAGACACCGGCCUACCUUGUACGCCGACAUCGUCCAAUCGAGGCUCGCAAAUCGCUGAUGUUCUACCGUGGCAACAAUCGAGCUCUCGUCGAGCAAGAAUUGUUCCAUCUGAGAUCCACGUCGUCCUCGUAUGAUCAUUCUGCCAAGACAGAUGUGAGCUUGAGUGAGUUUUUUCGCGAUCGGGCUUCCCGCAAAGGUCUGAUCAUCUCGAUGGGACUUCUAGCUGCUCAGCAACUGAGCGGCAUCGUCGCCAUGACAAAUUACGCGGAAACGAUCUUCAAACUGGCCGGCUCGUCAGUUUCGUCGGAGAUCUCCUCGAUAAUAGUCGCGACCAUUCAAAUCAUUGGCUCGCAAGCGUCGACGAUGUCGAUGGAACGAGCUGGUCGACGAUUAUUAAGUCUUAUUUCUUGCUUCGGUAUGGCUAGUAGUCUCGGCAUCGUAGCUAUCUUCUUUCAUAUGCAAAAAAACAAUUACAACGUGAGUUCCAUCUCCUGGUUACCACUGAUCGCGCUCUCGUCUUUCAUUAUCGCAUACUGUUUGGGCAUAGGACCGGUGCCCUUUGUCAUCGUAUCCGAGGUCUUCGAUUUGAAAGUCAGUAGUUUAGCGACUACUCUGUGCUUCGCUUUCUUCUUCAUCAUAGGCUUUACGGGACUAAGAACCUUCGAUCUGAUGAUGCAGUUUUAUGGGAUUGAUAAAUGUUUCUUCAUGCUUGUCGCUAUUUCUGUCACCAGUUUUGUAUUUUGUUACUGUUUUCUACCGGAAACCAAAGGACGCAAACGCGAAGAUAUCAUUAAUGAGCUUACAGGAAACGAUAAAGUUAGGCUCGCUUUAGACGUUGACAGUAAGUUGCUUAAGAAAUUAGAGUCGGUUUGAACUACAAUGUCAUCCUGUGUAUUUUUAGAUGAUGGCCAAUUUUAUUUAUAUAUAUUUAGGAAGUUUGUUGUUGUAUUCAGAAUUGAAAUGUUUGUAAUUUUUUAUGUUUAUUCGAUUACUGUAUUUAUCUUUCUGCAAUUAUCGGUUUGGGCUUCGUUCUGUGCGUCUCAUUGCCGCAUAAUGGGGCGAUAACGGAAAUAAAUAAACCAACAAAUUUCACGGCUUAGAAUUUAAUUCAUGAUUAACGAUCUAUAAAGUGCUUAAUUCGUACUAACGAUGAGCGAAUCGUUGACAAAUAAAAAGUAAAAUAGAAUCAGUCUCAUAAUGCGAACUGAGUUAAUGAACAUCAAUUAAGUGGAACUCGACUCGUUUAUCGUCGAUCGAUGAAUCGCUUUAUUUCUUUUUCCGGAAUUCAUGAUUGUUGAAGAUUUUUUAUUCGCAUUCAAUUAAUGUACUGAUCGCAAUCUACUGACGCAAAAUUUGUUAAGGAUUACGAAUCCACUAUCAGAUAUAAAUUAAAUAACAAUUUCAUCGAAAAUUCUGGAAAAAAAUUAGAAUUUUUUACUACAGCUUACUGUGAUGGGUUUCAAAGAGGAUAACACAGUUAGAAUCGUUUACAUUGAAAAUAUGUAUAACAUGAUAUUUUUACGUAAUCAUUCAACUUUUGAGUCCAUUUCGGUUCUAUCCUACUGUGGGCCAAAUGCACGAUCUGUAAAUUGACAAGAAAGGAUAUUUAAUUGCUUCUCCUUCGGAUGUCACAUCGAUUUUUUUGUUUACAAUAUGAUCAUUCAAAUGUACGAUAAAUUGACUCAUACUGUGAUAAAAAGUGAUCUCUUUUGUGAACUGUACAUUAAAUUUAUCGUACUUAAUUAUUUACCAAAUCAUUUCUUAAAAAGUUUAUUUUACGAUUAAUCCACCAAAAAGCACUUCUUUAUAAUAUCAUUUAAUGAAAAUAUCUUAAUCUAUCUUAUGAUGAUUGUGAACUGUAGAGUAAUUUGAGUAUUCAAAUAAUUGAUACGUAGUUUUCGUUGAAGAAAUCAAUGUAAAUAGUGCAUUACAAAUGAUCGGUGCGAAAUGUAAUAUAAUGACAUAAAAUAAUGACAUAAAAUAUUGAGAGUGAUUUUGAAACGAAAAAACACGACAAGCAAUAGUAAAAACACAAUGGAACAAACAUUUAGAAGAAAAUUAUGUAUGCUUGGAUGGAACUACCAAACAACGGCAAUAACGCAAGUUUUCGCUUUAUUACUUUCGACAAGACAGAGGCUACUAAUUCCAGCAGUUAUUUAACGUUCAAAGCUUCCAAUUGAAUGUCAAAUUAGGAAUUUAAAGCGCUUAAAAAACGCGAAGUGAAAUUUGAUCAGCACACAUUAUUAACCCGAUUCGAGGCACAGUCAUCCUUACAAAAUCAGCUCGAAGCAUGACAGUCGUAAAGUUUGUCCUAGCAUCAGCUUUGUUGAUCGUUGGCUUUGAAUCAAUCUACAAUCAUGGAUCCAGUGCUUGAAGAGAGAAUUUAAAAAUCCACCAAAUUACACUGAUAAUCAAUUGAAAUAUGAAUUCAAUAUCAACAAAGAAAAUGUAGUCGAGACGCUGAUGACUAAACCAAACCUCAGCCUCGAGCUAACAAGAAUUGUGGUGUUUAUGAAACUGGUAUCAUCGUUAAGAAAUACAAAAAGGGAGAGAAAAUAAUAGUGAUAGUGAACUUAAGUGCCAGUUAUACCGGCCACUUUUAAUUAUCAAUUUGUCCAGCUAAAGUGGGACAAUGACAUUGACAAGUCCAAAAAGUACUUCGACAAACAUACGGCGAAACUUGCCAAUGGUGGCUACAAAUACUCAUCGGCAAGAACCAUGAUUAUAAAGUUGUGGUAGUUCUACCCCCGAACAUUACUUAUAAACGUUGUACAAUCUGACAACAUAAUAAAACUGUUAACAACUAAGUCAUACGUGAGAUAAGAAUGACAAAGGCAUUAAAAUGACAAUUGUGGAAAUCUAGAAUUUUUCAGACGUUGCGCCGACGUCAGUAUUUCGUGAAUUGGUUUUUGUCUGGUAAUUAAUAAAUGAUUAUUUGAGCAUCUUUAAAAGAAAAAUCUUACUGACUUUGUUUAUUCAAAAUUUUCGAACAAACAAUCAAGAAAACAACAAACACGAAAUUAGUUAUAGCGCUCGCCUAAUUUUCAAGUAUUGCCAAAAUUAGUCGAAUCGACUGUAUUUUUCUAUAAUUUUAUAGAUAGAUUGUUGAUCGGAAAAUUUGAGAAAAUUAACGCAUU